AUGUGUGAAUGGUACCGCCGCGAAUUCGGCUGUCGCCACUACCUCAUCGGCGCCGCAUCGUGGUGUCCCGACUACAGCCGCACCGGCCGCCGCUGUGAAGUCCGCGUCGUGUACAUCGACUACUCCGCCGGCGACUGUACUGGGUGCUCCAACCGCCGCACUGAAGAGUCUGUUCCAUGGGAACACAUGAUCAACCGCUCCCGCUGCGGGUGGCCUGAGAGCAGACUCACCGGCAAGGUCUUGCCUUAG